AUGAAACGGCUCGCUAUUUUACUCGUGUGUUACGCGUUACUGCUUCAAGUUGUACACGCGGGUAGUGAUUCGUGUCGAGGUGAAAGAUCUCAAAAUGGUUUCGCUUUGUUCCAUAAAAACUACAGCUCCAGCUUUACAGAGAACAUUUCUGAGUGUCUUGAAUUGUGUAUCAAUGACCUAAGUUGUAUGAGCUUGAAUUUCUGGUUGGACACAAAACAGUGCGAUCAGAAUAAUCAAUCAAGAGAAACUUGUCCACUGUGUUACAAGACUGCAUUCUCCAGAUACAUGGGAAUGGCCAGAUCAGAUAUUGAUGAAUGCAGCAUUGGCAACCACAACUGCGAUGCGAAUGCGACCUGUACAAACACUGCUGGUUCUUAUGAUUGUACUUGCAAGGAAGGGUUUGUUGGAGAUGGACAUUCAUGUUCAGGUCUUCAGCACAGUGCUUCAAGAGAAAAGCGAAACAUAUCACCGAGACAUAACUUAACCUCGACAGCCUCUGAAGUACAAGUGCUGAUCAAAGAAGAACUUGGUCUGCUGCAAAGCCAAGUCUGUGCUAAAGAUCACACGCUCUGCCGCGCAGGACCAAAAGGGAACACGGGAAGACGAGGAAGACCGGGUACCCGAGGGAGACCAGGUCCCCCAGGGAGACCCGGCUCAGAAGGACCUCCUGGUAAACAUGGACCAAUAGGAAGUCAAGGACCGAUGGGUAUAAAGGGAGAUGGUGGAAUUCCGGGAGACCCCGGUCCCGUGGGACCUAGAGGUCCGCUGGGUAUGAAAGGCGACAAAGGUGACCCGGGCCAGUCCAUCUCGGCUCCCUCUCUGUUGCAGGGUCCUGUUGGAAUGACAGUCAACGAAAGUCAGACAGCCAUCUUGAAAUGCACAGCAGAUGGUAAUCCAAGACCAAAAGUCACGUGGUCUAUGCUGAAUUCAUCGCUUCCUGUAGGUCGUCACGUGGUAGAGUCCAGUGGCGCUCUGAUUGUGAAGGACGUUAGACCUGGAGACGAUGGAAUUUAUAGCUGCAGAGCGGAGAAUUUGCUGGGACAAGUAAAUGAUUCGGCAAAGUUAACUGUUCAGUUCUCCCCGCAGAUCAGUUUGUCAUCCAGUGAAAGACUGGCUGAGGAGGAGCAAAAUGUCUCUAUCACCUGCACUGCUACCGGUCGGCCGAAACCAAGUAUCACGUGGUCCAGAGCAGUUGGUAGUUUGCCUGAAGACAAAUCUGAAGUGAUAAACGGGUCCUUGACAAUCUACAGUCUGACAAAGAGGGACAGGGGAACAUAUAUUUGUAAGGCAGAGAAUAUUCUGGGAUCAGAAUCGGACACUUCUCAGCUCAUUAUAUUUUCUCGUUUGCGGUUCAACGUUCUUCCCCCCAAGGAUCUGACACCUGUGAUUGGUUACAGCGUUCAUCUGCCGUGUGUGGCCGAGAGUGACCUGAAAACGACAAUCGCUUGGACAAAGGAUGGCAAGUCUUCACUUCCUGUGGAGUCCAAUGUUCUACUGAAUGGAACACUGUUCAUUGAGAACAUCAAGAAAUCGCACAAAGGAACUUACACCUGUAGAGCAACAAAUGCUCUUAGAGCAAUAGAAGCUAAAGUCAAAAUCAAUUCUCCAAUUAUUGCGACUUCUUGUUCUGUGAUAACAAAAUACGUCAGCAGUGUAAGCGGUAAUUUCGCCAUUGAUCCAGAUGGCUCUGGAGGCCUGGCACCAUUCAUUGUUUACUGCGAUAUGAAUGACAAAAAUGGAGUUGGCGUGACAGUGAUCAGUCACGACAGUGAAAGCAGAACAUUGGUGGAUGGAUAUAAAUCUUCUGGCAGUUAUUCACGUGACAUUCAUUACACAGGAGCGAGUCUUUCUCAGCUAGCGAGUCUCACCAGAGUCUCAUCACACUGUGAGCAGUUUAUUAAGUACGAGUGUUGGGAUUCAGGACUUCUCAGGGACGGAAUGGGAUGGUGGGUGUCACGUGAUUCUAGUAAGAUGACUUACUGGGGUGGAGCAUCUCCUGGUAGUGGUAAGUGCUCAUGCGGGAUGAUCAGCUCAUGUGCGUACCCUAGAUAUGGUUGUAACUGUGAUAAGAAUGACGGUGUAUGGCGUGAAGACAGUGGUCUUCUCGCUGACAAGACACAUCUUCCAGUUAAACAGCUCAGGUUUGGAGAUACAGGAUAUUCGUCAAGCGAUAAAGGCUAUCACACUUUAGGAAAAUUCAAGUGUUAUGGCACGGCCUGAUAAAUGGUGGACGUUUCUGAACUGCCCCUUAGUGGGUUAUGCUAAAAAGUAAAGAUAGAGCAGUUUAGAGUGCCUCCAUAAGUUUAAGAUGAGCUUAACAAGUACAUCUGUUGCUAUAAUAGUAGCAAAAACCACAAAUGCUGCCAGGAGGAAAAUCAGCGCAAUGAGCAAAAGAUUAGCUAAUCUAUGGUGUAACGCUUUACGUACUCUGUUGUUUUCGGUUACUUUUUUCGUAGUUUUAAGAAUGAUCCGGAGUCCAAUUUUAGCGAAAGUUACAAACGUCGGAGAAACAAGGCAGAAGUAUGAACUCAAUGUGAAUCUUCGAGACACUCAGGACUGAACCUGAAAUUUACCUCUCGUAGUUGCUAAGCAAAUGAUUGCGUCAUAAUGACAUAACAGGGAGUUUAAGUAACCACGAAGACGACGCCUAGGACAACGUCGAUUAAAAAAAUGGUUAUAUAUUUUACCAACGAAUCUCGCGGUAUACUCGAAAGCCAUUGACUUUGUUUACUAUGACCAUGCACUGUCAAAACUAUCACGAAACUGAAUUUAGGACACAGCGAUAAAACUGAA